AGAGUUCGAAUUAGGAUUCUGGUCAUCGGUUGGGUAUAAGAGUGGAGCGAUCGGAGUCUAGACAUCAGUUUCUCACCAACACUCGUUGCAAACAAUCCCCACAAUGAAGGUCGCUCUUAUUUUUCUGGCUGUCGUGGCUGUUUCUCUGGCUAAGCCCGACGGUUAUACUACCAAAUACGACAACGUGGACCUGGACGAAAUCCUGAGGAAUCAACGUCUCCUCAACAACUACGUGAAAUGUCUGCUGGACGAGGGAAAUUGCACCAAUGAUGGGAAAGAAUUGAAAGCUUCUCUCCCCGAUGCCCUGUCCACUGGUUGCAGCAAAUGCAGUGAAAAACAGAGGGCAGGCAGUGAGAAGGUCAUCCGGUAUUUGGUAAACGAGAAACCGCAGAUCUGGUCGAAACUCGCGACAAAAUACGAUCCAAAGGACGAGUACAGGCAGAAAUUCCAGGGUGAAGCCAAGGCACGUGGAAUCGAAGUCUAGAUUAAUUGAUGAUUAUUCAUUACUAUUGUAUUAGAUGUACUCGAUGUGCUUGAAAGAUUUGAAUUUUACUUUUGAAUUUAUUGGCGGUUCAUUCUCUCGCUGCGGAUGCUUGUAUAUUACUUCUUUAAUCUGAAUAAAUCAGGGAUAAGACGAUU